CUGGGCCACGGAGGCUCUGGGAAACGAUCGCUCGCCCAUAUCCGGGUUACAGAGGCACGGGAACAAGAAAAGUUUCAUUUAAACGUGGAGGAAAACUUUUAACGUGAAAUGUGAUCGAGGUGACCGCGGCAGCCGCUGUCACUGAGGGGGACCAGAUAUUAACGAGUUCCUGGAUACUGCUGUGUGUUUUUGCCCAUGAAUUGAAGGAUAUUUUCUCCUUCUCCACUCUUUCUUUUCAUCGGCUCGCUGCUGUCAGCUCCUCUCACUCAGCCGCCGAUCUUAUGGUGGUCCUCUGAGAUGUAGGGGCGAUCAUGGCCGCGCAAGUGGCAUCGGCUCCGGCGGCGACCAGCGGUAAAAACCCCGCUCUUUCGGGCGGCUUGAACCAGGAGCGGAGCUCCGCCGUGCAGGGCUCUGGACCCGCGCUCAGGGCGGCGGACGGGACUCGAUCCGUGAACAAUGUAGACCAUCAUCAUCACCAUCACCACCACCAUCAUCACCACAGCGAGCCGAGCGCGGCCAACCCGCGAGACAAGGACGGGGGGAACCCGGCCGGUUCCGCUCCGAACCCCGGCGUGGACACGGGUCUCAUGGCGAACCACAAGAUGAGGAUGAUCGGGGGAGGAGAUCCCGCAGCUCCGCAGCAGCAGCCGCCGCCGCCGCCGCAGCACGCGCGUCUCAUGCCAACCAACAACACUAACAGCAGCCUGGCUCCGGGUCCGAGGGAGAGAGAGGGGGAAGGGGACGGUCGGCCCCAUGCGGGUAAGGACAUCGCGUUGGCAAACCAGGUCGAGCAGCAGCAGCAGAUGCUGAGCAAAAGUGAGGAGGAGCACCGUCCGUGCAAACCGGGCGAGCGGAUGGGCUCCGGGUACGAGCACGAGCUCGAGAACUCGGGGCCAGCGGGCGGCGCGAGGGGCAACGGCGCGGCGUCCGACUUCAGCCACCAUCCUCCUCAUGCUCCUCACCAUCCUGCUCACUACUACGGCAGUGCCCGAGCAGGGCCGUGCUUUGAUAAACAUGGCGGACAACAAAACCCCGGCGUGGGCAUCGUGGAUCCGGCGCUCAACUCCCACGACGGCUUCCACAACAGCCAGUACAACCAGUACGGCGGCUACCGGGCGGCCUUCGGCAGCGGGGGGUACGGCGUCAUGAGCUCCUCGAGGCAGGGCGGGAGCAACAUGGCGAUCGCCGCGGGGAGCAGCGCGGCCGGCAACCUCGGGAAAGCCUCCAUGGCCUCCGCUUCCACGUCCGGGGGGUUUCAGAGGUUCCCCGGGCAGAGUCAGCACCCCACCGGGGCGACCCCCACCCUGAACCAGCUGCUCACCUCCCCCAGCCCCAUGAUGAGGGGCUAUGGCGGCGGCUACCAGGACUACACCCCCGCGGCGGGGCAGCAACAGCCGGGGGUGGGCAAGGACAUGGGCUCCCAGUACGCGUCCGGCGUGCACGGCUGGGGGGCGCAACAAAGGAGCCACGCCGCGCUGAGCCCCGGACACGGCGGACAGGGCGUGAGCAGAGCGCAGGUGCCCCCCAUGGACUUCAUGGCGAUGAAGCGCUCCCAGCUCUAUGGGAUGGGCAGCAGCCCCUUCUCGCAGCAGCAGCAACAGGGUAGUCCUUACCCCAGCCAGCCCUACGGGUCUCCGCCCCCUCCUCAUCGUUACCCAAUGGGCAUGCAGGCGAGGGGCCAAGUGGGCAUGGCCGGCAUGCAGUACCCUCAGCAACAGCAGAUGCCCCCUCAGUACGGUCAGCAAGGAGUGGGCGGAUACUGCCAGCAAGGACAGCCCUCAUACUUCGGCCAACCCCAACAGCCCACGGCUCAAGCCCCACCCCCUUAUGGCCACACCCGUGCCCCGACCCAACAGGAGAGCCAACAGGAGAUUUAUGGGAAUCGGACAACCCAAGCUCCCUUGGCGCCCGGGCAGCCCGAGCAUGAGGAGAUUGGCUUGAUCCAACAGGAGAGACCAUCCAGCCUUCCUGACCUCUCGGGCUCCAUCGACGACCUGCCCACCGGGACGGAGGCCGGGCUCAGCUCGGCAGUCAGCGCGUCGGGCUCCUCCAGUAGCCAAGGCGAGCAGAGCAACCCGGCGCCAUCGCCCUUCUCGCCCCGCGCCUCCCCGCACCUGCCCAGUGCACGUGGCGAGCCUUCGCCCUCCCCGGUGGCCUCUCCCGUGGGCUCUACCCAGUCCCGCUCCGGCCCAAUCUCCCCCGCUAGCAUCCCAAGCACCCAGAUGGCGCCACAGACCCCCGGGAGUGUGACAGAUGUGGCUUCUGUGUCCCAGGAGAGGGGGUUCAUGGCGAGCAUGCAGCGGAAUCCACCCAUGCCCUCUCAGUUCGGGCCACAGCCUCCAGGGCAAUCUAUGUCACCGCACCCCUCCCCGGGGGCUCAGAUGCAUCAUGGGAUGGGCUCGUACCCACAGAGCAGUGCCAGCAGCUCCUACGGACCGCAGGGGGUGCAGUAUGGGCCCCAAGGUAACUACCCCAGGCCAGCUACUUAUGCAGGGGCCCCCGGUGCCAACUACAGCGGGCCGGGCCACGGGAUGAGCAACAGCCUGGGCCUCAACUCCAGUAGCCCAAUGCACGGGCAGGGCCCUGGGCAGCCUUGUGUCUCCGUACCCAUGGGACGCAGCCCCGGUCCCACUAUGGCUGGCCGGCCAUACCCCAGUGGCCUCGGAAGCGCCGCUCCCAGCUCUCCCGGCAUGCCCCAGACCACAGGCCCUGGAAUGGGGCCGCCCGCAGCUGGCGUCAACCGCAAAGCCCAGGAGACGGUUACCAAUGCCAUGCAGGCCACGGCUAACUCAACCCAGGGCAGACCCCCGUUUGCAAGGUCCCCCGCCUACUUGAGCCAGACUGGGCCAGGGCCUUGGGUCACGCCCCCAGCCACGCCCCAGCCUCCUCAUCUCGGCUCGCCGCCGCUGCCUUCCGCGAUGCCCCAGUACGAACAGUACGGGCAGGCCAGCUACUCCGGCAUCAACCAAAUGGGCAUGAUUGGGGCCAGCUCACCCUACAGCCAGCCGGCGGGGAGCAACUCCGGCAUGAUGACGCCACAGGGUCCGCCGUACAACAUGCCGCCUACAGGGCCAAUGAGUGGCGCUGGCGAUGGUCUGAUGGCUGCUGACACGAAGCCCAAAUCGGACAGCAAGGAGGAAACGUUUCUAGCUGCAGAGCUCCCUAAAGCUAAGGAUGGCUACAACGCUCAGUGUAUGUCCCAGCCUCCCACCCCUGGCACCAUGCCUGUCCCCUCUCCGCUGUCCCCCAGUCCUGCUAGCCUCUCCUCGUACCACGGCGACGACAGCGAUAGCGUUAGCAGCCCUGCCUGGCCCAAGACUCCAUCCAGCCCUAAGUCUAACUCGUCCACCAUGACGGGCGAGAAGAUCAGCAGGCUCUACGAGAUGGGCUCGGAGCCGGAGAGGAAGGCAUGGGUGGACCGCUAUCUGUCAUUCAUGGAGGAACGAGGCACGCCCGUGCCCACGCUGCCCGCCGUGGGCAAAAAGCCCCUGGACCUGUGCCGGCUUUACAUGGCUGUGAAGGAGAUCGGGGGCUUAGCCAUGGUGAACAAGAACAAGAAGUGGAGGGAGCUGGCAGGUUGCCUCAACGUGGGCACCUCGAGCAGCUCAGCAAGCUCCCUCAAGAAGCAGUACAUCCAGUACCUGUUUGCCUUCGAGUGCAAGGUGGAGCGCGGCGAAGAACCCCCACCUGACGCGUUCGCUGUCGCCGACAGCAAGAAGCAGGCCAAGAUUCAGCCACCAUCUCCUGCCAACUCGGGGUCCCUUCAGGGCCCGCAGACCCCCCAGUCCACCGGGAGCAGUUCGGUGGCUGAGAUGCCCAGUGAUGUGAAACCCCCGACGCCAGCGUCCACGCCCCACAGCCAGAUCACACCGAUGCAGGGCGCCAGGAACAGUGCCAUCAGCGUGCAGGACCCCUUCUCGGAGGUCAGUGACCCCGCUUUCCAGAAGCGCAACUCUCUGACCCCCGGGGGCCCUUACCAGCAGGGCACCAAUAUGCCCGACGUCAUGAUGCAGAUGCAGUUCGAGGCCAACAAAGACCCUUUCGCCGGCAUGAGGAAGGUGGGCGCCAGUGCUGAGCCCUUCAUGCCAGCCCAGAUACCCAGCGGCAGCAGCAUGCAGGAGAUGUACGGUCGGCCCCCAUCCAACGCCAUGCCGGGGAUGAGCAUGGCCCAACGUCCACAGUACCCCUAUGGCCCCGGGUACGACAGGAGGUCAGACCAUGUGAUGGGCAUGGAGGGCAGCAUGGGCCCCCCUGGGAGUCAGGGCAACAUGGUACCUUCCAACAGCGACCCCAGCAUGUACUCCCCCAACAGGUACCACGCUCAGCAGAGGCACGAGGGAUACGGGCAGCAGUAUCCCGGCAUGUCCUACGGCGCCCCUCCACCCGGGAUGUUCCCCCAGCAGCAGGGUUACAAACGGCCGAUGGAGAGGAUGUACGGCCCCCCAGCCAAGCGCUAUGAGGGCGACGUCUACGGCAUACCAUACGGCAGCCAGCAGCCCGAAAUGCACGGCCAGUAUGGCGGCGGAGGCGGCGGCUACCCGGGGCCUGAGAGAAGGCCGCUGCAGGGCCAGUUCCCCUACUCGUACGGCCGAGAGCGCGUGUCUGGUACUGGCCCUGGGGGCCCACCGCAGCCCCCGCAGCACGGCAUGCCACCACAGAUGAUGGGUGGCUCGACGGAGGGGCCCCAGCCUGGCAUGUGGCCCCCCAGGACAGACAUGCCUUACUCUUAUGCCAACCGGCAGAGCCAGGGCGGGUCCCCCCAGGUGCCCCCUUACCCACCCAUGGGCCGUGCAGACGAAAUGGAGGGCCGGCCUAGCCAAGAUGGCCCGUGGGCGGGCCAUGGGGGUCAGCGCCAGUCCUCCUUCCUUCCCUCCUCAUCCGGCUCCAUGCCCCCCAUGACCACCAGACCCCCGGCCUCCUCCUAUCAGACCCCCCCAGCCAUGCCAAAUCACGUGUCCCGAGCCCCGAGCCCCGCCUCCUUCCAGCGCUCCAUGGAGGCCCGUAUGUCUCCCAGUAAAGCAGCCUUUAUGUCCUCCAUGAAGAUGCCCAAGGCAGGGAUGCCCAUGCCCAGCCAACAGGGCAGUAUCCCCUCUGGCCAGGGACCCCCGCUCAUGCGCCGGGAGCCCCACUUCCCUCCCGGGUCGGUGGAGGGCACCCAGCCUGUCCUCAAGCCACACCGCAAGAUGACUUCCAAGGACACUGGAACCCCCGAGGCGUGGCGCGUCAUGAUGUCACUCAGGUCGGGGCUGCUGGCAGAGAGCACGUGGGCCCUGGACACAAUCAAUGUCCUGCUAUACGAUGACAGCACCGUGGGCUCCUUCAUGCUCUCCCAGUUGCCUGGAUUCCUGGAGCUCGUGGUGGAAUACUUCAGAAGGUGCCUGAUCGAGAUCUUCGGGAUCCUCAAGGAGUAUGAGGUUGGCACUGUGGGCCAGAAGUCCUUGCUGGCUCCCGUCUGUGGCGAGAAGAUGGAAGAGCCGCCGACCUUGGAGAGCAGUUGCGAGGGCGAGGAGGAGCUGGAGAAGUUGAUGGAGGAUCAGCCUGCGAACCAGUCGGACAGGGCUCUGCCCGGUAAAGAGGACGUCGCACCAGAGCUGAGUAAGGAAGCUGCAGUGGAAGUGAUGGAAGCCGCUCUUGAGGAGGAGCUGGAUGGCAAGGUGGACUCCAGGAGUGGGAAACCCGUGGAACAGCCCCCCCUAGACCCUCCACCUGAGCCGAGGCCCAGGCAGGCCAGCAGGUACGACAGGCUCCCUGUGAAGGUGCUCAAGAGGGAGGAUGACUUUGUGGAGGAGCAGUCGGAGCACCUGGGCCAGGUGCAGGAGUUCUCCAGUGGGCUGCUGCACUGGCAGGCUGGUGGCGGCGACUCCACGGCCCAUAUCCAGUUGCACUUUGAGAGCAGGAGCGAACUGCAGUCCCGCAGGACGCCGCCAGCCUGCGAAAGUGGCCCCGACAAGCAGAACGGGCCCGUCGGUGAGGAUGCCGCGGCAGAGAGGAGCAUCACGGCUACCAUCGAUGACGUGCUGUGCGCCAGGCCGGGCAGCCUGCAGGACGGCGGCUCGUCCCUGGGGGUGCACGGCGCCUCCUACCCUUUCCGCCUGGAGCCGGCGGAGGGCCAACGGCGCAUCACCGUGCUGGAGGAUGAGCCGCGCACCCUGGACGAGGCACCGCUCUCCACCGCUGCCAGUUGGCAGGAUUCGUUGGGCCGCCGCUGUAUUUGCAUCUCCAACAUCGUGCGCAGCCUCUCGUUCGUGCCGGGCAACGAUGUUGAGAUGUCCCGGCACCCGGGCCUGGUGCUGAUCCUGGGCAAACUGGUGCUGCUGCACCAUGAACACCCCGAGAGGAAGAGGCCGCCGCAGACCUACGAGCGGGAGGAGCAGCGCGACUGCGAGCGCGACCGCGGCUUGGCCUGCAGCAGGGACGAAUGGCGCUGGGAUUGCCUGGCCCAGCUGCGGGAGAACACCAUGGUGACGCUGGCCAACAUCGCUGGACAGCUGGACCUGUCGCUCUACCCAGAGAGCAUCUGCCUGCCCAUCCUGGAUGGCCUGCUGCACUGGAUGGUUUGCCCAUCGGCCCAGGCCCGGGACCCGUUCCCCGCUGCCGGCCAGCACUCCGCCCUCACUCCUCAGGGGCUGGUGCUGGAGUGCCUGUGCAAGCUGAGCGUCCAGGACGGCAACGUGGACCUGCUGCUGGCCACACCCCCUUUCAGUCGCCAGGAGAAGCUCUUUGUCACGCUGGUGCGCUACGUGGGUGAGCGCAAGCACCAGGUGUACCGGGAGAUGGCGGUGGCCGUCCUCUCGAACCUCGCGCAGGGGGACCCGCUGGUAGCCCGUGCCAUCGCCCUUCAGAGGGGCAGCAUCAGCAGCCUGGUGGGCUUCCUGGAGGAUGGCGUCACCAUGGCGCAGUACCAGCAGAGCCAGCACAACCUGCUGCACGUGGGCCACCCGUCCGUGGAGCCGCCCAGCGUCAACAUGAUGUGCCGGGCCGCGAAGGCCCUCUUGGCCAUGGCCAAGGUGGAGGAGAACCGGCCCGAGUUCAUGCUGUUCGAGAGCCGGCUGCUGGACAUCUCCAUCUCGUCCGUGCUGAACUCGGCUGUGGCCGCCAUCGUGUGCGAAGUACUCUUCCAGAUCGGCCACUUAUGACAGGAGGCUGCGGGAAACAUGAGGCCCACAAGUCUCGUGUGAUGGGUGGUUUUAUAUUUUUAUUUAACGAAUAUAAAAUUUAAAAUUUGUUUUUUAUAAACAUAAAUAUAUAUAUAUAAUAUAUAUAUAUAUAUAGCCCCUCUUCCCCAUCAGCUUUUUCGUUUUCGAAUUUCAAGAUGAUUUUCAUACAGAUAUUUAAUACCUGCUGUUCGUUUGUUUUGGUCCUCCCCCCUACAUGUUUUCACCAAAGUUGAUGCCAGAUUACGGAGAGGGUCUUUUUUUUUUCUCCUCUUAAAUGUUUUGGAGUUUUAUGAAUGUUCAUACUUGUAUCUGGUGUCUUGUUUUGGGAAGCAGAUUUAUUUAAAUUGUGAAAAAUGUAGAUAGAACUAUUCUUGCCACGUGCUGAGACGAGAGAUUGAGGGGGAAAAAAACACUGAUUAAGAAAAUGUACAUGUGUCCAUCUCUGAGGAAAGAAGAAUUUGUGCAAUAGCAUUUAGAGCAAGUGGGUCUCAGUGGUUGAAGGGUCACGUGAGGAACGUUUUGAACAUGCAAUACACGGAUGCGGCCACGAGGGGGCGGUGUCGCCCUCUUUUCCACCUGGUUCAGCAGUGACGCAAUCAGACUUGCUUCCUCGUGCUGUCACAGGUACAGUGAGUGAGUAAAUAUCCACAAACGAGCAGUUUCUUUCCUACUUGUAUUGCAUUUGAUUAUUUUGUAUUCUGCCUGUUGGCCAAUAUGUAUAUAAUGUUGUACAUUGGACAUGCCCUUAUUUUUUUUCCUUUGUACUUUUGGGUUUUUUCUUUUUCCAGAGAUGUGGUAACUACAAAGUGAUAGUUUUUAAUCAUGAUUAUAAUUAUUGUUAAUGUUGUUAUUUAAUAUUAUGAAUAUUUUAUUUGGGUCAUAUCUUCAUGCCAGGGUAACAAGGCUUGCUGAAAAGGGAUGGUUUCCUGCGUUCCGUUUCGCGGUGGACAGCAGAUGACCACACACAUGGUUGCAAUGUUAACCAGAUGUUACACAAGUUCACACAGUUUCUGGAAAGGUUUCCAACCAAUGAAGAAUGGAUUUUAUAGAUUUUAUAGCGAUACAAACGCUGACAUUUGUAAUCCAGGAUGGUACAGUCAGAUGAGCAGAAACAAGAGUACUGACAAAGGACAAGAAUUACAUGAUGUAAAUUCCAUCAUUUUCCUCUCAUACAAUGAAAUAUCAUUUAUUGGGUAUAAAUCUUUAUACUAUAUGUUCCACAUGUUAAGAAUAAAUGUACAUUAAAUCUUGUU